ACGUGUGCGUAGAAACGCACAGGAAGCGCUCUGUUGGGGGUGCGGCAGCCGGGCUGGGCGGCGGUGGCAGUCAUGGAGCGGGAAGAGGAGCCUCUGUCCGCGAGGCCGGCCCUGGAGACCGAGGGGCUGCGCUUCCUACACGUCACCGUGGGCUCCCUGCUGGCCACCUAUGGCUGGCACAUCGUCUUCAGCUGCAUCCUUCUCUACGUGGUCUUUCAGAAGCUUUCCACCCGGCUAAGAGCCUUGAGGCAGAGGCAGCUGGACAGAGCUGCGGCUGCUGUGGAACCUGAUGUUGUUGUUAAACGACAAGAAGCUUUAGCAGCUGCGCGAUUGAAAAUGCAAGAAGAACUAAAUGCUCAAGUUGAAAAGCAUAAAGAGAAACUAAAACAGCUUGAAGAAGAAAAAAGGAGACAGAAGAUUGAAAUGUGGGACAGCAUGCAAGAAGGAAAAAGUUACAAAGGAAAUGCAAAGAAGCCUCAGGAGGAGGACAGUCCUGGGCCUUCCACUUCAUCUGUCAUCCCAAAACGGAAAUCGGACAGAAAGCCUUUGCGGGGAGGUGGUUAUAACCCUUUGUCUGGUGAAGGAGGUGGAACCUGCUCCUGGAGACCUGGACGCAGAGGCCCAUCAUCUGGCGGAUGAGGCUAAGAAUCUUGUUAGUGUAGCUUUUGACAUUAGCAAGAUGAAUCCUUAACCCUCGAUUCAAUUGCCUUACGCACCCUUUUCACAGUGACUAGCCAGGGGGAGGUGGGGUUUGUUUCUGUUCAUAACUACACCUGCAUAUGUCAGGGCUCCAGGCAGCAAAGGGUAUAGAUGUUGCCACUAGGCGUUAGGUUGGUGGUCAUGUUCCAUUUGGAGAUAGUGAUUGCAUUCAUUGAUUUCAUGGUUAAUUGCUAGUUGGUAGGGAAAGGCCUCUAGAUGAUUAGCAAUCUUGAUAAAAGAGUAAUGAUAUUUUGAAGUUAGAAAUCUUGCUGCCAGGACAGUCUCUGUGACAGGUUGCGUUGAAUGAUGUCUUCCUUAGCAAUGGUGAGCCCACCAGUGAGGAUUACUGAUGCGGACAGUUGAUGGGGUUUGUUUCUGUAUAUCUAUUUUUAUGUACAGAACUUUGUAAAAACAAAACUGUAAAUUUAAAAACUGAGAAUAACAUUUUUAGCAUCUUUCAAGGAAAUUUACGGACUUGAAUUUGUCUAUCAAACAUUAAAUAGCUUUUUAUUUCUCACAACCUCCAACUA